UACCAUAAAUAAAUCAAUAUUAACACAUUGUCCAAUCAGAAAACUUGAUCUUUUUUACUGAACAUAGCUCAGAACAAGAUAUGCCUCACUCAAAAUGUAAACCACAUAUUGUUUCCCAUGUUUCCCAUUCCCUUUUCUGAAAUAUCAAUUUUUAAUUCUUCCACGUUAGACAACAACAGUCAAGUUCGUAUAAACUUUGUUGACAGGAUUAAAUAAUCCGCCUGCUUUAACCAGCAAACCCAGGAACAGAGUGCUCUGUUCUGUCUUAAGUGAGAGUAGUUGGCAGUGGAGUUACUUGUGUGGGUCAGGACCCUGGACCACAGGCCCUGGUUAGGAUCUGGAGUUGGUCCCUGGUGCUAUGCAUAGUAUGAUGUCAUCAGAUAAUACUUCUUCUCUUGUUUUAUCAUUUCCACACUCACCAAACCAUUCUGUCUGCAUGGAUGAGCCUGACACUGUCAUGUGAGUCAGACUCCAGAACUCUGCAGGCCUCUUGGUUGGGCUCUGGAUUUCUUACAUGGUGGGAAUUUGAAAGGAUCAGAAAACAUUCUGCUAUCCUGGUAUUCUUAAUUCUUUAAACAACAAUGUACACCCCAUAACACAUACUGCUGUUGAGUUACACAUUCAGUCCAGUGGAAUACAACACUGCCUUUGUGUGAUACAACCAUCAGUUGAAGUCGGAGGCGCACUAGAGCGCGACGCAGCACAACUCCACAGAAGAAUGUCCUUGCGCCUCUACCGGAAGCAUUACGGUCCAUCAGUCCUCCGGGAGGUUCUGUACGUGGCAGCGACUGAAAACCCCUCUCUGUCCUACUCACAACCCGGGGUACCGAGCGGAGUCCGGACAGCGAGCAGCGGCGGUACUGUGUCAGACCCGAGACUGAAGGUUAUUGGAAGAGACAGAAUGAGGAAGUCUUGCAUCCUCUGGGCUGUGCUGUGGUGGUGCUGCUCCUGCUGGACUACACAGGCAGAGAUCUUCACCUCCAUCAGCCAGAUGACAGAUCUGAUCUACACAGAGAAGGAGCUGGUCCAGUCUCUGAGGGAGUACAUAAAAGCAGAGGAGUCCAAGCUUUCUGCUGUCAAAAGCUGGGCCAACAAACUUGAUGAUCUGACCAAAGUGUCCACCUCUGACCCAGAGGGCUACCUGGGCCAUCCAGUGAAUGCCUACAAACUGAUGAAGAGACUCAACACAGAGUGGACUGAACUGGAGAGCCUGGUGCUUCAGAACCCCUCUGAUGGGUUCAUUUCCAACAUUUCCACACACAGACAGUAUUUCCCAGAUGAAGAGGAUGCAACGGGUGCAGCCAAGGCGUUGAUGCGUCUUCAGGACACGUACCAACUGGAUUCUGAGGCUUUCUCCAGAGGAAAGCUGCCAGGUGUACACUCUGAUGCAUUUCUGUCAGUGGAUGAUUGCUACGACAUGGGAAAGACGGCAUAUAAUGAAGCAGACUACUACCAUGCAGUGCUGUGGAUGCAGCAGGCCUUGAAGCAGCUCGAUGCUGGGGAGGAAGCUGUGGUUUCCAAGGCGGACAUUUUGGACUACCUCAGCUACUCUGUUUACCAAAUGGGUGACCUGCCUCGGGCCAUUGAGCUGACACGCCGACUUGUGGCUAUUGACUCCAGCCACCAGAGGGCGGGAGGAAACCUCCGUUACUUUGAGAAGUUGCUGUUCAAGCAGCUCAAUGAAAUGAACCAGGCCUAUGAGCCUCCCUCUGAGGAGCCCAUCCAGCUGGGAACCUACAGCAGACCUAAAGACCAUCUCCCAGAGCGAGAGACCUACGAGGCCCUCUGCAGAGGGGAGGGGCAGAAGAUGAACGAAGCAAGGCGCAGCCGUUUGUUCUGCCGCUACCAGGAUGGUCAGAUGAACCCUCGUCUCCUGCUGAAGCCCAUGAAAGAGGAGGACGAGUGGGACAGCCCCCACAUCGUACGCUACCUGAACAUCCUGUCAGAUGAAGAGAUUGGGAAGAUUAAGGAGCUGGCUAAACCCAGGCUUGCCAGAGCUACUGUCCGUGACCCCAAAACAGGCGUCCUGACCACAGCCAACUACAGAGUGUCAAAAAGUGCAUGGUUGGAAGCGGAGGAUGACCCUGUCAUUGCAAGAGUCAAUCAGAGAAUAGAAGACAUCACAGGCCUUACAGUCGACACUGCAGAGUUACUACAGGUUGCCAACUAUGGAGUUGGAGGACAGUAUGAGCCGCAUUAUGACUUCUCAAGGCGCCCUUUUGACAGCAACCUCAAGGUCGAUGGAAAUAGACUUGCUACAUUCCUAAACUACAAAGAUGAGCCUGAUGCUUUCAAAAGAUUAGGCACUGGAAAUCGUGUGGCAACUUUUUUGAACUACAUGAGCGAUGUGGAGGCAGGAGGGGCCACAGUCUUCCCUGACUUUGGAGCAGCAAUCUGGCCUCGAAAGGGGACAGCAGUGUUCUGGUACAAUCUUUUCAAGAGUGGAGAGGGAGACUAUAGGACCAGACAUGCAGCCUGUCCAGUCUUAGUGGGAAGUAAAUGGGUGUCAAACAAGUGGAUUCACGAGCGAGGUCAAGAGUUCAGGAGACCCUGUGGCCUGACAGAAGUGGAUUGAAUUUUGACCCACACCUAUGGAACAUGCUACAACACUAGAACACACACACACACACACACAAAGUGCCUUAAUUCUGGAAUUUAUGCAACUCUCAGACACAUUGUGCACACUUAUGCAAGUGUUUUUUUCUCCCUCAACUGGUCUACGUGAUUAAGAAAUGUUUUCGAGGAAAUGGAGACUUGGUGUCGGGGAUUUUGCUGGAUAAUCUCUUUUCUAACAACUCAGUUCCCUUUCCAACUCCAUUUGCACACCACCCCCACUUAAAUUCAGCAAGUGAACUGAGUUAGAAAUAUACUGAAAAUGUGCAGUACUGUAUAUAGACUCAGCUCAUGAGCAUUUAAAUAAAACACCAAGCUGUUUCAAUGCAAUCUCGUUUUCCAAUUGUGCCUAUUUUCAUUCAGAUCUUCAUGAAAAAAAUCCAAACUUUUGAGCCCUCUGCCAAAUAUUUCUAUCAGCGAUGCCAAAAAACUAAAACUUUGAGCUGAACAGUUUCCGACACUGUACCACUCAUCUUUUUCUUCCCACGGUGAGCAUCAACUGUUUUCUAGUGAAGUAAAAGCAUUAGUGGUGAUAUUGACAUUAAAACUUAAUUAUUCACUAAUUUUACAUUUAGCAGAUGCUUUUGUCCAAAGCGACUUAGAGUAAUUCAUACUCUCAUACACUGAUGGUGGCGGCUGACAUGAGAGAUUGAGAGAUUCAUUUAAGAUCCAGGCUAUGGAAAACAACAACAGAUCAAAUAGAAGAUUUGGGGGCAAUAAUGGAAAAAUAUUCCAAGGCAUUGUCAGCCAUUUGACAAAAGUGGCUUUACUGUAUCUUCAUGAUUUACUAACAGCUUUAUUUUGUGAAUAAAAUGGUGCUAGAAUCCAUUUCACUCUGUUGUUCGUUUGUUUCAUAUCAUUGGCACCCUAACUGUUUUAUUCCCCUUUGAACCUGAUGGAGAAAUACAUUUCCUCCAAAAGUGUCCACGUUUUAUUUAUGUAGUGUUUAAAUUAUUACACUGUUGUUACGCUGUAUGCUCUUUCCAUAAGAUGACAAACAAGCAAGUCAAUAAACAGUGUCUUUUAUUAAAA